CAAGGGAACCGCAGCAUCUGCAGGAUCGGGAAAGGGACCUGCCGCCGACGGUAGCCACAUCAAUGGCCUCGCCCAUCAUAGGCAAAGACAGACGAGGCCCAUAGUUCCGCCAACCAUUAUCCAAUAAUCUCUAUCAACAGCCACUGCCGAGCCGCUCCUCCGGCGCCAACUCCGGGUUAAGUCUGUUGGAGAGCUUGGUCUGCAUGACUGCCGAUCCCAUAUCGUUGUGCUUUUGGAUUUGCUUGCAGCCCGACCGCUAUGUCCCCGGCUCCCCCAUCUUCCGCGACUCCAGCAGCCCAACGCCCCACCCCGCCCUCGCGGGGCCUAUAACAUCACCGCCCACCUCAGCCUCCUCCGCCUCCGCUUCCGCCUCGCCAUCCCCCUCCGGCAACAUCGCCAGCAGCACCGCCAGCAGCAGCACCACCGCACCAGGAGCAGCCGCAGGAUCAGCAACGUCCAGGAGCCGAGGAGUCAGAGCCAUGACGGCAUCUCUUGCUCAUGCCGCACAGGGUAACCACAACAACAACAGCAGCUCCAACAGCAGCAGCCGAGCCAACUCCAACUGCGUCUCCGGAAAGUCCAAGCCACCGGCUGGUUAUAUGAGCACCCGAUCGGCGGCGAUGAUGGCCCUGGCUUUGGGUCAGACCUCGGGCGGAAGGAGCGACAAGUCACCACCAGCUCCCCGAGCCAACUCGCCCGCCCCAUCUAAACCCCAAGCGCAGUACCAGUCUCAAUCCCAGGCGCCGUCACCCCAUCCCGGUGCCAGAAGGAUAUCCAAUGCCGCUUCGCUGCCCAACAACGUGUCCCGUUCGAAGCCAUCCACUCCCUCGGCGACCAGGGCGGCCGUCCAGCUGAACGGUUCCGGUCUCUUCUCCGGCGGCAGCAACUCCAGUGGCUCCGACAACGAUGGGUUCAGUGCGUCCGGCUCUUCGGCGGCCACGGCUCUGCGGCGCCUGUACUUCAAGAGCGGGCGGAGCAUCAAGAACAAGAUCAAUGCCUCGACCACGUCGGCGACUCCUCUGAAUGGACUUCCCUUGAAUCCCGUGUCCAGUGCCUAUCACAACUCCGUAGCCGGACCCAUGCACAAUAUGACCACUGCAGGUGGAGUGCCGAAGCUGGUGGUCAUGGGGACCUCAUCGGCCUCGAUUCCGGACACCACCAUCAACACGUCCACGGACUCGGCCUGCACCCUCAUCACGAACGUAACCCACACGGACACCUCCGAGACGUGCGACUCCCUGGACCUGGGUGACAACUCGGGACCCAGCGAGCCGCUUUUCAGCUCGCUGGAGGAACCGCUCCUCACCGCCGUCCACAUCGACUCGGAGCACGAGGGAUUCGGAGGAGUGGGUGGCAUGGGCGGUGUGGGAGGAGCCAAUGGACGCGGUGCCACUGAGCUGGAACUAACGAGCUGUUCGAGGUACCCGCCCAGGCCCGACAUGAAUCUCCAGGACAGCGUGGAGAGCCAGGAGUCCUGUUUAUCCAUCCUGACCGGCGAGCCGUCUUCCACCACCCCCCUCCUCUCCUCGCAGCGGCGUCACCCUACGGGCGGCCACUCGCCGGGCAGCCAGCGGGAGGAGCGGCGGUGCCGGGACCGGGAGCCCAGCACGGCUCCACCGCCCACUCGGGGGCGGGAGCACUUCACCUUCGACCCCCCACAGUCACCGAAGUCGGCGCGAAGCAGCGAAAAGUCCGCCAGCCACUUUUCCUUCAAGAGCUAUGGUAAUGACUCGGGAAAGGACAUGGCAGCAGGAUCCGGAGCAGCAGCAGGGGGAGGACCUGGAACGGGGGCUUCAGGCAACGGGGGCGUGGCCGCCAGCGAGGGCGAUGAGGAGGAUGACGAGCGCAGUGGCGAGAGCGUUGGUCAUCGCAGCAAGAAGCUGCGACCCCGGGAGCGUGACCCCAACCACAUCUCGCCCAGCGUGUCGCCGUCUCACAGUCGCCGGGCGAGUCCGAAGCGGGAGAAGCGGAGGACCACGCCCAUCGCCUCCACGGGGGCCAUAGCCAAGGUCAGCUCGGCGCCGCCCACAAUGAAGGAGGCGAAUUUCUUCGGGAGCUCCGGGAAGCAAAAGCAGUCCAGGCAAUCCCAGAACAUCCCGCCCCACCAGCUGUCCCCAUCCGCCCAGCAGCGGAAGUACUCAUCCAGUUCCUCGAGCGGAAGUAGCGAGAGAUGCCUGAGAGAGGCCACUGGCCCCGGCACCAUGUUCCCCUUCGAUCGCGAGGCUCUGGACUACGAGCGCAUCCAGCGGGAGUGCUUCGCCCCCAGCUCCACGACGGCCAGCAACAGCAGCGAUUCGGAGGCGGAGAACUGUUCCGUGUACGAGAGGAAGUCCGGGGCAGACAUCUUCCAGCAGUACUCGCGCUUGAGCCAUCAGGAGCAACUGCAGCAGCACUACCAGGAGCGCGAUCGUCCGCCCUCGCGCAAGAACUCCAAGCGCAUUCGGCCGGACUCCGUGAUCCACACGACCAUCCGGGAGAACCAGCAGUACGUGCCCCAGGUGCCCCACUCGGACGCCUUCUAUCCCCAGGCCAAGUCCUCCUCCUCGCCCAGCGACCACUCCUACGCCGAGCUGAACAAGUUCGAGGACAUCGCCAGCAAGUUCGAGCAGAUCCCGCCCAAGCACGGCUCCAUGUCCGGAUCGGGGUCGAGGUCCGGGUCCCUGUUGAAUCUGCAUCACAUGAUGCCCAGUCCGGGCAGCGAGUCCGCCGUCAGUCCCACGGACUCCGCUCGCCGCAGAUCCUUCAAGAGCAAGCAGCGGCACCAGAAGGAGGAGCACUUCUACAUCCAGACGGAGGAUCGCAGCAGUGGCGGCGGACCCAUCAACGUGACCGCCAAUCCCCUGGAGGCGGCCGCCGUCUGCAAGCAGCCACGUGCCACAAUCGUCGUCCAGCAGCCCUCGUUGAGUCUGGACAAUACGGUGGAGACGCUGCUAAUCAAGAACGAGGGGGACUUCAUCAGCGUGGAGCAGGGCAAGGAGCUGGUGGCUCGCAAGCGCAACUCGCAGCAGCUGGCCCACCCGCCGACCCACCUGCACCACCACCCCCAGGGCCACGCCCACCCCCACAGCCAUCACAAUCAGAACCACAACAACCAGCAGCAGCAGCAGCAACAACACAAGCGGGACGAGAACAUGAGGCAACUGCUGGAUGUGACCAACACCCUGACCAUCGAGGAGCUGCGCGACUUCGAGAUGCGGUAUGGCUCACCACAUCACAGCCGCUCGCAAUCGGUUAAGAUGCCCGGCAGCCGAGCGUCGGGAAGGCCGAAUCAGUUGUGCCUGCCCCAGCAGAGAUCCAGAGUGGCCUCCAUGCCGAACACCGGGGUGGAGGAGGAGUACUACCGGCUGCGCCACUUCUCGAUCACCGGCAAGGGUGUGGUCAACCGCGGCGACUCCCUGAAGAGCCGGCGCAGCCGCUCCAAUAACAGCGUGGCCAGCUCGAACUCCAGCACCGAGCACCUGACCGCCCAGCAGCAGCUGUCCGCGCCCGCCUCCGUGUCCGCCAGAACAUCGCUGGCCUCCAGCCGGGAGAGCAGCACCUCCAACCCGGGCAACGGACCUUACAGGGUCCUGAUGCUGGGAGGUCCUGCGGUGGGCAAGAGCUCGCUCGUCUCGCAGUUCAUGACGUCGGAGUACCUGCACGCCUACGACACGAGCAUCGAUCUAGGCAACUGUGAUAUACGCAUUCUAAUUGAAAAAGCCGCCGACGGUAAAAGCAACCAGCAACUGAACCAUAUUAAUAAUAACCUGUUAACUAUGCUACUCUUACUAUUAACCAACUAUCUCUAUACACACAAUUGAAGCGCUUUCCAACUAUCCAACUAAAACCAACCUAGAAACACUGCCCGACUGCAUUAGCCCUGCGAUCCCCCCUUGGGCUGACCACUCCCCCACAGAGCCGUGACACACCUGCCCACCAGCCCCGCCCCGGAAGUUAGAGCCCAUAGAACCACACGAACCCCACCACCAAAUACACCAUGCAGACCCGCAGACCCUCCAAUCGAAUGUCAAACGAUUGCGGCCUUUGUUUCGCCCGUGAUUUAUGGCCCUUCGAUGGGCAGCCUUGAGGACUGGCAAUCGAAAUUGAAAUGAUUAUGCACAUCACACAUCCCAAACAAAUGAAAUUUAAUUAAUGAUUCAAUUAUUGAUUGCGGCCGGGGACGAGGGGCCACAAUGGUCGUGCCAUAUACUCAAAAUUAUAAAUGCCCGGCUAUAUAUAGUGUUUUUAAUUAAGUAAACAAAAAGAGCACAGAGACGCAUUAAAUGAAUAGCAAUCGGGAGAGCACUGGCAUCGCAAACAAACUCAUUUGAGUGUCCCCGCACUUUCCCUCCGCUUUCUCCCACUUUCCACUUUGCAGACGAGCUUGCACCCCUGCGCUGCAUACUUCAGGGGGCCAGUUUAAUUUCCCAUAAAUUAGCAUACAUUUCGGCGCUCUCGGGGCGGACUUCCGGCCAGUGCCCGGCCGUGCUCAUCCAACUCGGCUAAUGGGUACCCGAAUUCCACACACCAGAUACCAGAUACCAGAUACUCGCAUGUAGAGGACGACACUUGUAGAUAGAACCCAUCAGAGACACCCACAGACACCAGCCACAUGCGCACACUCCUUGUUCUGCACUUUCAAAAAUGGAUGUUGUACCUAAAUCAUUUCAUUGCUUGACAUUUAAGUUCCGAACUUGGCCAUAGUUUUGCUUUGCACAUGACAAUACCCGGGUGCUAACCUAGA